ACCACCAGGAGACCAAUCCCACCGCGUCCACCCAUGGCGAACCACUCCAUUUAUUGUCUUACGAUAGGCCCUCCCCGCUCCUUAGUCGGCAUUCCCUUCCGUUAGGCUCAGGACUGCAAAUAUUAUGCUGGGGCAUAUCAGUCGACUCUAUAGAUAUGAGAGGCAAGCCGCCCCGGCCGAGAAAAAGAUCCUGUACGCGGAUAGAUGCCCAAAUCUUCGAGACAUGGCCCCACCUGGUGGCACACAGAGAGGUGCAUAGCGCCGGAUCUUGUUGGCUCACCUCCCUUUGAAUCCCCGUGGAGGGCCGUGUCGGUUGGCCUGACGGACGGCACGGCACGGGUGCUCACUCGGGGGCCGGAACGGGCAUUCGCAGAUUGAUGGAGAGGCCGUCAUCGGAAUGCGGCGGCCGGGAUACCGGCGUGGAUGCCACGGCGGCAGUAGUAUGUGCACAAUCUUCCCACGGGUACGGGAUGUCACGCAGAACUACCGGUAGGCAAGUCACCAAUUGGAAAAUAGCAUCGGCAUCGGUAUCCAACAGCGCCCGAUCAACGUUAUUCCAAUCCAACGUCCCGCUCCCCGGAGCAAGCCAACGCCGAUGCGUCGAGUUUGCGCCAGCCAGUGGGGACGGGCGGGAGCCAGCCCAAAACACGUUCCUCCUCCGGGACGCCGCCCGCCCCUCUUCCGGCCGAAAGAAGCAUGAUGCCGACAUUCUCAACGCCGGCCUUCUUUUGCAUCACCUCAAAGCUUUAACCACGCCAUCGGUUGCUCAUCCGCGUAUAGCCAGCCGCGCAGCCCUUCCUUCAUUGGCCUUCAUUUCCAGACACGUUAUUACAGUUGACGUGCACCCUGUCCCUCCCCAUCACGCUCCCUGCGCAGCGAUAUCGAACCCCUUGGUGAUCCAAUCCUUCCAACUCGCAAUUCUUCAUCACGGACGUCAACCGCCACGACUAUCAAAUUCCAUCAUUCUUGCCAGCAGCAGCAACGACAACAUCUCCGUCGACACCACAGUUCCUCGGGGGACUCAAACGAUCAUCCUACUCCCACCCCGUCUCACACCAGACCCCAUCCGCCUGGGCAUCAAUCGCAACACACCACCGGCCGUCCCCUCGUCCGCCGCGUGCGACUCCGAUCUCCGAAUCCUUCGAACCCACAUGCCCUUUCCACUGUCGCAUGGCUGAAUGGCGCCGGCGGUAGAUCGAGAGCGUGCCAAUGGCAGUUG